AUGAAGUUCAACGAUCAAGGCCAUUUCCAACGCAAAUCUGUAGAGGCGGUAGAGCAACGCGGUAUUUCAGAUCUCCCAAUCCGCACAAAGGAAUCUCAAGAAACCGAUAACCUUCCUAAUCCCCAACAUCUUGUCCUAAUCGAAUAUCGAAUUGCAAACAAAACCUUUGGCACCAGACUCUUAAGUAUGGGCGUUCUUUCCAUUCAUGAGUCCAAUUCAUAUUUCGACCUUCUAGCUGCAAUUUAA